GACUCUUGUUCCUUGUUGGACGUCCAAUCGAUGAGCUCAGAGAAGGGAUCCGUUUUUGUUUUCGGCUUUCGCUUGCUUGGGUCUGGCGGCCGCCAUUGCCCGGUUCGCUGCUAUACUCUGGCUUCGUCCCACCGGAUUAUCUUUCAUUUAUUUCCUUUUGUAGCCCUCGGCGGUGCUUGUUCAUUCCGGGGCGCGGUAUCUUUUCUCACACUGUGGGACCGGGCGCGGGUCUGACAGGCCUCGUUCCCACGUACGGGCUGGAGCUCCGGCCUUAUCCAGCUGCUUUAUAGGAUUCCAUGAAGUCUGCCUGCUCCUGGAUGUCAGCUCCUGCAUCUAGUUCCAAGAACUGGCUGUGACGGCACUGGUGGUGACAUGAGGGUAGUGCCUGAGAAGAAUGCAGUCCGGAUCCUGGCUGGACGGGAGAGAGGGUUGCAAGCUCAGGGAGCCCAACGUCUUCUGCAAUGCCUGGUGGAGGAUAAGACUCGGUUUAUGAAAUGGGAGGGCAAGAAGGUGGAGCUUCCUGACAGCCCGCGUUCUACAUUCCUACUGGCUUUCAGCCCAGACAGGACUCUGCUGGCCUCCACCCAUGUAAAUCACAAUAUUUACAUCACAGAGGUUAAGACUGGGCGCUGUAUCCAUUCUCUUGUGGGCCAUCGGCGCACUCCAUGGUGUGUGACUUUCCAUCCCACCAUCCCAGGGCUCAUUGCAUCAGGGUGCCUAGAUGGCGAGGUUCGAAUUUGGGACUUACAUGGCGGAAGUGAAAGCUGGUUCACGGACAGUAACAACGCAAUUGCCUCCCUGGCUUUCCACCCCACAGUACAGCUGCUGCUUAUCGCCACCGCCAGCGAGAUUCACUUCUGGGACUGGAGCCGUCGAGAACCUUUUGCUGCGGUGAAAACGGCCAGUGAAAUGGAACGUGUACGAUUGGUACGAUUUGACCCCCUUGGGCAUUAUCUUCUUACUGCUAUUGUAAACCCCUCUAACCAGCAGAGCGAUGAAGAAUCGGAGAUUCCCCUCGACAGCACAGAAAUUCCCAUAUAUCGCCAGCGUUCCCUGCUGCAGACUCAACCAGUGCGCAGGACUCCUCUGCUUCACAAUUUCCUGCACAUGCUCUCCUCCCGAUCCUCAGGUACUCAGGCAGGAGAGCAGCCACCUGUGCAGGAUUCUGCCACUCCAUCUCCUCCACCCCCUCCCCCUCCACCACUGCCUCCCCCGUCAAACGACAGCAACCAGCGGGUUCUGUAUACCCGUGCCAGAGAUCGAGCUCCAGGAGUCAAUACUCCCUGCUGCCAAGACCCCAGUAUGUUGUGCCUCUGUAUCCGCUGCUCCAGCGCACGGCUGUCUUCUCCUCUCUUCCCACACCCAGAAGCACCAGGGGCUCCUUCUACCUCUUCAGGGGCUACUUCCACUUCAUUUUCCCCAGUGCAGACAGAACCCUUGCACUCCUUAGAGCGGCAGCAGCAGCAGCACCAAUCCUCAGCUCAACAUGAUCAUGGUCUUCUGAGCCACCCAUCUGCCUUUAGCAGCGUGCACAGCAGCACAGCCGGCAAUACACUGCGUAACCUGAGCCUGGGACCUACCCGCCGGUCACUUACAGGGCAGCCUUCUCGCUAUCAGCAACCACCCACUGAUUUGGCUGGUUCUGAAUGGACUCGCACUGUGCUGAGUAUGGGACCUCGGCCAGAGCUGGAACCCAUGCCACCACCCAGGACGAGUGCCUCUUCUGUCAGCCUCUUGUCAGUUCUGCGACAACAGGAGGGAGAAACAUCCUCUUCUGUAUACACCUCCGCAACAGAGGGGAGAGGAUUCUCUAGCUCUGAAUCUGACAGCUCUGGGGCACCACCACCUGUUCACCCCUCAACCACUCGAACUGAACUUCAGUGUGACCUGAGGCGCUUCUUCCUUGAGUAUGACAGGCUUCAUGAAUUGGAGCCAGGAGCAUCGGGAACAACACAGGGACAGACUCACGAGAUGCUUAACAACAAUUUAGAACCUGAGCAGCCUGGAACAUCUCAUCAGCCCCCACAAGCUCAUGCAGGAGAUAGCACCUCCAGCCAGCCCCGUGGACACAUUAAUCGUUGCCGUGCGUGCCACAACCUGCUGACCUUCAACAAUGACACACUGCGCUGGGAAAGGACCCCACCAACUUAUCCAGAGACAGCAGGUACCUCAGCCUGGCAGCCUCCACCCAUUCCUCCACCCAGCUCUUUCCAGGCUGGUCUUGCAGCUGGCAGCACAGAUCAUACUGGAACGGCCGGGGUGGAUAGAGUGGACCUAGGGAGCAUGGCGGCAAGCAGUAGCCGCCUGGAAAAUGGGACUACACAGGAGGAGAGAACAGUAGGAGUGGUGUAUAACCCAGAAACUGGACACUGGGAGCGUGUCUAUAGCCAACCCGCAUCUGUUAGCAGAGCUCCGAAUGUAUCCCAAGAGGCCUUACCACAGGAUCUGCAGGAGGAGAGCACAGAGGACGACUCUCUCAGAAGGAGGCUUUUGGAGUCUUCAUUGAUCUCUCUGUCCAGAUAUGAUACUACCGGCUCUCGAGAGCAUCCAAUCUACCCUGACCCAGCCAGGUUGUCUCCAGCUGCCUACUACGCACAAAGGAUGAUCCAGUACCUGUCACGGAGGGACAGUAUAAGGCAACGCUCUAUGCGCUACCAGCAGAACCGCCUGCGCACCUCUGCCGUCUCAUCCUCCAGUGAGACUCAGGGAUCAAUGGAGACUGGAGAUUUAGAGUUUGAGGAGUUUGAGGACAAUGGGGACCGCUCUCGGCACAGGACUACCCGAAAUGCUCGCAUGUCAGCGCCAUCCCUAGGGCGCUUUGUACCUAGGAGAUUUCUGCUGCCGGAAUAUCUGCCUUACGCUGGCAUUUUCCAUGAGCGUGGUCAGCCAGGACUGGCCACUCACUCCUCUGUCAACAGAGUUCUGGCAGGUGCUGUGAUAGGAGAUGGGCAGUCUGCGGUGGCCAGUAACAUUGCAAACACGACUUACAGACUGCAGUGGUGGGACUUCACCAAGUAUGACCUGCCGGAAAUCAGCAACGCUUCCAUUAACGUGUUGGUUCAGAACUGCAAAAUAUACAACGAUGCAAGUUGUGACAUCUCUGCGGAUGGGCAACUACUUGCAGCUUUUAUCCCAAGCAGCCAGCGGGGCUUCCCUGAUGAAGGCAUCCUUGCUGUAUAUUCCCUGGCUCCACACAACUUGGGCGAGAUACUGUUCACCAAGCGUUUUGGCCCAAAUGCUAUCUCAGUGAGCCUGUCUCCGAUGGGACGAUAUGUCAUGGUUGGUUUGGCCUCCCGUAGGAUUUUGCUUCAUCCUUCCACAGAGCAUAUGGUGGCUCAGGUCUUCCGCCUUCAGAAGCCUCAUGGAGGAGAAACAUCUAUGAGGCGCGUGUUCAAUGUGCUGUACCCGAUGCCAGCCGACCAGAGGCGACACGUCAGCAUCAACUCUGCCCGUUGGCUGCCCGAGCCAGGCCUUGGAUUGGCAUACGGUACCAACAAGGGAGAUCUGGUGAUUUGUCGGCCAGAGGCAUUUGACAAUGUGUGUGAUCAGUUCUGGGAGCAAAUGAAUGAGGCCAUCCUACAGCAUAACACUCCUCGGAGCAGCGAGAGGCCUGGAACCAGCCGUGCUUCUUGGAGGUCAGACAGAGACAUGGGUCUGAUCAAUGCCAUUGGCCUUCAGCCUCGUAAUCCCACCACCUCUGUGACCUCCCAAGGAACUCAGACUCCUGCUCCUCAGCUGCAGAAUGCAGAAACACAGACGGAAAGGGAGGUCCCAGAGACCCGCCUUGCGCCCCCUACUGCUGAGGCAGGGUCCAGCAGCGCCGCAGAGACCCCUUCCAGCAGCUCAGAGGGGGCGCCAUCUACUGGAGAGUCGCAGGAAGGGAUCCCCUCAUCAUUGGAGGUGCCUGGCUCAGGAGAGAGCCAGGAGGACGCUUUGAGCAGGAUCCAGAGGCUCAUGGCUGAAGGAGGGAUGACGGCCGUGGUGCAGAGAGAGCAGAGCACAACAAUGGCAUCCAUGGGAGGCUUUGGCAACAACAUCAUAGUCAGCCACAGAAUCCACCGUGGCUCCCAGACUGCAUCUGACCCAGCCUCCCGUGCUUCUGCCCCUCGCUCCCCACAACCCUCCACCUCCAGGGAGACUGUAGCAGAGUUAGAACGCCUUCUUGCCCCUCCCCAAACAAGUCCAUUACUCCUCCCCGAGACGCAGUUGCUGACCAAUAACAAUAAUGAUGGUGAAGUCAAUGUGCAGCCUCUGGGCAGCAGCACCUUUACUGGGGUGGAGAGGUAGAAACAUGGACCUGUGAUCCUGGUACUGCUGUAAAGACUGACCCCCCACCCCGCCUAUUACUGCUGGUGGGGAUUUCAAGCUGUGGACAAUGGUGCUAUAGACUUGAAGGGGAAUCCAUUUGCUAACUGACCCUACAACAUGUUAUGAGAUAAAGCUUACAAUGAGAAAUCUCAUUUUGCCCCUUUCUCUCUCCCACUCUCUCGUCCUGCCCUGCUGCCAGCUGUGCCAGGGUAGUUAAGUGGAGCCAUAUUCACUGAUACAGCAAACGGGGUAAGUGUUCUUGCUCCACCCUGAUUAAUAUAUAUUGCAAUGCGAGCAAAGAGCCUUAAAGAGAAGAGCGAGGUGGAUCUAUGGAUUAUGCCCCCCUCUCCUUACUGCCUAGUCUGUGCUUUAUUGGUUCCACGGGGAGGGGUAGAUGGCACUAAAUUUCCCUAUGGGUCAGUUUGAUGGCAAGUGCAGGGAGCUGCUAUAAGACUGUUACUGCCCUUCUUGCUUUGGCUGAACUCAAGGAGGGAUGCAUGCACUACAAGAAGGGUGGUGGGGGGAAAGGAGGGUCUCUCUCUCCGGCGCAUGUGAGUGUGGGUGCCUGACCUGCCUCUUCUACAACUCCACUCAGAAGAGCUACAAACUCAGCCUGCCCCCCCCCCCUUGAAUAAUGAAAUUGUAGGCUGAGGUCUGCUGCACUGCGGGUUUAGGUGUGUGCUGAGUGGGACGUUUGUUUCCUUAAGGAGGUGGUUAUUCUCUUCCGCUGUCUGUAAACCAAUAACCAGCUGCAUCACAGGCCUGAGUUCUGUUCAGGUUGCCAAAAUCAGAGAUCCCGCCGCCGGUGAGACUUCUCGGCGCUCUGCUUCUCAACUUUCUUUUGUUUUUUUUGUUUUUUGCAACGGCUCUAUCUGUGUAAGCGUACAGGUCUGAUGACCCCCCCCCUUCACCUGCCGCAUAUAAGUCUACAUUGUAUGUAUGAUUAUAUUGGAUGAUAUGUACCCCCCUACCCCAAUCAUCUGUGUAUACAGGAAUUGUUCCGCCCCCUCGUGUGAAUCUCUUAGCCCAAAUGACUUUAUACCUUGCUGAAGGCCAGUAGAGCUCCACAUGUGUUAAAACUUUCCCUGCCAGAGCUGAUCAGCUGCUUCUAGUUCCCCCCCUCCCCGUGGGUGAACUGAAGAGCUUGCACACACCCCAGUUGUAUCCUAGACAGACUUACUUGGGGGCGCCUCUGUGGCAUGUGCAUUGGCAGACGCUCUGAAGCCUUUCACACGGUUGGCUUAUAAACAAUGACAGUAUUAAAGGUAAAUGUUACAGAAGGGGCCAGGUUACAUAAAUUUCUUAAUUAUAAAGUUAGAAAAGCAAAAAUUUAGUCACCCAUAUACACGAGUGCUGCCCGCCAUUCCCGCUCUCUGGGCUGUUUUAUGUGAUGGCGCUGCCCGGGCAAAGCUGACUGCUCAUCCUAUGGUCCUUGUCAACUGUUAAGAUACAACUCCCUUUCAGCCUUGUUGGGUGCUGGGAGUUGUACUUCAACAAUGAAAGGCCAAAGGUUGGGCGACGCCAAUAUUAAAUGUUACACCCACCAUCUUGCUCUGCAGAGGAGUAAGUUGUCCCUAUUUGCAUCCAUUAAGACCUGACCCCAAUCCCAUUAUGUCCUUUGUGAGCCCUAAGGUUGGGUUAGACGGGGGGCAUUUGUUGGGUUCGCUCAACGCCAUCUGCUUUCAUAUUAUGGGACACCCCAUGUCUGAAUAGGCCCAGCCCUGCUGUACAUGGCACUGAGCUCCCCCUCUGUAAAAAGAGCGAGGCUCUUGCACUUGUAUUAGUAGUACUUCAGAACCUCGACCCACUUAAUGGCUUACCACCUGCAGAUAUUCCAGAGUGUUGCUUUACGACCUGCUGUAUCACGAGUCUGAGUCGCACCAGGCUGAGAGGCCAAUGCUCCAGUAUUCCAAACCCCCUGACAGCCCCCAUUGAGUCUCAGAGCAUCACUUCAAUGCCCCCUGGUUACAUUCUCACAACUGCAGAGCGUUCCGCCAGUAGUCUGCAAUGCUUUGUUGGUUUUUGCCGUUAGUCUGUGCGACACAUAACUGGGCUGUUGAAGGCAUCAUUCCAGUAACCCAUUGUGACCUUUUAGGGCAUGACUCCAUUCAUGUAGCGAAUUCAGAGCAUUGCUCCAGUAAACCCUGUGACACCA